CAAUUCAUUCAUUCCCACAUCUCUCUUUUCCAUCUUUCAGUCCUCAAAAAACCAAGAAGAAAAAAGAUGACUCUAACAUUACGUUCUUCAACUUCUGUUAUUAAUCUUAGAGACACCAAGUUCCUGAAAACUCCUGUGGAGUUCUGUGGCACAAUUUGCUUUGCACAAAUUAAGCCAUCAAGGGGUAUCCGGGUGAAGAAUUCAAUGACGCAAGAAGCACAGGUCUUGACCACAGAAGGGUGUAGAAAUGAGAAGCGAGAGAAGCUUCAUACACUCUCUGGUGUUCAUCAUAAUAAUAAUAAAGAUGAUUCAAAGGUGCCUGUGUUUGUGAUGCUACCACUUGACACAGUAACACAUGGAGGGCACUUGAACAAGCCACGAGCAAUGAAUGCUAGUUUGAUGGCCUUGAAAAGUGCAGGAGUUGAAGGAGUAAUGGUCGAUGCUUGGUGGGGCUUGGUGGAGAAAGAUGGACCUCUCAAGUACAACUGGGAAGGCUAUGCUGAGCUUGUGCAGAUGGUUCAAAGGCAUGGCUUGAAGCUUCAAGUUGUUAUGUCUUUUCAUCAGUGUGGAGGAAAUGUUGGAGACUCUUGCAGUAUUCAAUUGCCCCCAUGGGUGCUGCAAGAAAUCAGCGGGAACCCUGACCUUGUGUACACAGACAGAUCAGGAAGGAGGAAUCCCGAGUACAUAUCCUUGGGUUGUGAUUCACUGCCUGUUCUAGGAGGAAGAACACCCGUUCAGGUCUACUCCGACUACAUGAGGAGCUUCCGCGACAGAUUUAGCGAAUACUUGGGCGAGGUUAUUGUGGAAAUCCAAGUGGGAUUGGGUCCUUGUGGAGAGCUCAGAUAUCCAUCUUAUCCAGAAAGCAAUGGAACUUGGAAGUUUCCUGGAAUUGGUGAAUUCCAAAGCUAUGACAAGUAUAUGAGAGCUUCUCUGGCAGCAACAGCAGAGGCAGUCGGGAAGAAAGACUGGGGAAUAAGUGGACCCGGUGAUGCAGGCCAAUACAAUCAAUUUCCUGAAGAUACUGGAUUUUUCCGCAGGGAAGGAACAUGGAGCACUGAGUAUGGGAAAUUCUUCUUAGAGUGGUAUUCUGGAAAGCUAAUACAACACGGUGAUAGAAUCCUUGCUGCCGCAGAAGGAUUGUUUCAGGGAACUGGCGCAAAACUUUCUGGGAAAGUUGCCGGAAUUCACUGGCAUUAUAGAACGAGGUCCCAUGCAGCUGAAUUAACCGCGGGAUACUACAACACUAGACAUCAUGAUGGUUAUCUUCCAGUAGCACAAAUGCUAGCCAAACAUAGAGUUAUACUUAACUUCACUUGCAUGGAAAUGAAAGAUGGAGAACAGCCUCAACAUGCAAAUUGUUCUCCAGAAGGGCUGGUUCGGCAAGUAAAGAUGGCAACAAGAGAUGCUAGAAUAGAACUUGCUGGGGAGAAUGCUCUGGAGAGGUAUGAUGGAAGUGCAUAUGGACAAGUUUUGACAACAAGUAGGUCAGAUUCUGGAAAUGGAUUGAGCGCAUUUACGUAUUUAAGAAUGAAUAAGAGGUUGUUUGAAGAGGAGAAUUGGCGGCAGCUUGUUCAGUUUGUAAAAAGCAUGUCAGAUGGUGGUCGAAACACAAAGCUUACUGAGUCCGACUCCCGUGGGAGUAACAUUUACGUUGGAUUCAUCAAAGAGAAGAAUGUGAAGAAUAUUAAAGAGCUUGCUCUUGUUUAAAAAGUACAGGUUGCAUGUUUAUUUGUAACAAUACAGAGUGAUUAUAAUGUAGAGAAAAAGGGAAAAAUAGGGGGAAAAUCAUGAUAUAUAGGCACUGUAACUAUAGUCUCAUAUGCUUAAAUUUAAGAUUGUUAAACAAGAAUAGCACCUCUGUAUCUAUAUCUCCAUUGUCACGAAUGGAGAAUUAAAUUUUUAUUAGCUAAUAUCUCCAAAUCCAGUGUAUCACAUCUGGAAUUUCUGAAUUUUUUCACCAAGGGGUUUUAGUAUGAACCUUGGAGCAGAAGUUAUGUGUUACAGAGUAUCCUAUUAAAUAUAUUGUUUCUUUAAA